CUUGAACAGACUUCGUCUUCACUCCCCACCUCGGAACGACCAGUGACACCCAGAUCCAUAGCUAUCCUAUGACGACGCUGUCCCAACGAUGAUGCCUGCUGGCUCUCCCUCUACACGUUCCCGCCAAACUGCCCCUCCUUGUGUGCUAAGAUACCCGUACACGCGACUGCGGGAAGCCACCUGAGAAGCCGACAACAUGUUCGAGAAAUCCUUGUACGACCUCAUUCGAGGCCUCCGAAACCACAAAGGCCGCGAGAAGGAAUAUAUCGCCGAGAGCAUAAAAGAAUGUCGCAAAGAGAUUCGGUCCAACGAUAUGGACCUCAAGGCCACGGCCCUCAUGAAGCUCACGUACCUUGAGAUGUUCGGGCACGACAUGUCGUGGGCGAGCUUCAAUGUCCUCGAAGUCAUGUCGAGCUCCAAAUUCAAGCAGAAGCGCACGGCAUACCUGGCUGCUGUCCAGAGCUUCCGCCGGGAUACAGAAGUUCUGGUGCUGGCGGAGAAUCAGCUCAAGAAAGACAUUACGAGUUCAAGUCCACAGUACAUUGCGCUCCCACUAGGCGCUAUUCCGCACGUCAUCAAUCCCAGCAUGGCCAACUCACUCCUGUCAGAUCUGAUACCGAGAUUGACGCACUCGCACGCCAUGGUCCGAAAGAAGACAGUCGUCACACUCUAUAGACUGGCGCUGGUAUACCCGGAGACGCUGCGACCCGCAUGGCCCAAGAUCAAGGAGCGCUUGCUGGAUGAUGAUGAGGAUCCAACCGUCACAGCCGCCAUUGUCAACGUUGUCUGCGAGCUAGGAUGGAGACGCCCGCAGGAUUUCCUGCCUCUAGCACCCAGAUUGUUUGAUCUCUUGGUGCAGGGAAAUAACAACUGGAUGGCUAUCAAGUUAAUCAAGCUUUUUGCGACCCUGACCCCUCUUGAACCUCGGUUGAUCAAGAAGCUACUUCCGCCAUUGACGAAGAUUAUCCGAGAGACAUCCGCUAUGUCGUUACUGUACGAAUGUAUCAGUGGCAUUAUCCAGGGUGGUAUCUUGGAAGCGGCUGAGGGUACCACUGAGGGCGAGGAAGUAGCAAAGCUCUGUGUUGGCAAACUACGAGGAAUGAUGGUGAUAGAAGGCGAUGCAAACCUAAAAUAUGUCGCAUUGCUCGCUUUCGACAAGAUCGUCAAGCUGCACCCAUACCUAGUUUCUCAGCAGCAAGAUGUCAUCUUGAACUGUAUCGACGAUCUAGAUAUAUCAAUACGAAUGCGCGCUCUGGACCUCGUAGUUGGCAUGGUCAACGCGGACAACCUCACUGCCAUUGUUGGACGGCUAAUGCGACAGCUUCGAAAUGCACCAAUCGCUACAGCAGCGAAUGAUGCAGGUAUCGACCGCGCUCGGAUGACUACAGUCACACCAUACGCCGACGAAGACGACUCUGAUGCCGAGGAGACGCUUCGACAUCAGGACGAAAAAUCCGAUCAGCCACCGCCUCUCCCUGAUGAUUAUCGAGUCAAUGUCAUUAAGCGAAUACUAGACAUGUGUUCGCGCGAUACCUACAGCAACAUUACUGACUUUGAAUGGUACAUUGAUGUACUUGUGCAGCUGGUUCGGGUUUCGCCAGCAACCAAAGCAUCUGCUGUGGAAGAGAAGGACGAUCUAGAACAAGUAGAUGACAUUGGUGGUAGCAUUGGGCAAGAGCUGCGGAACGUUGCUAUUCGAGUAAAAAGUGUUCGAUCAGAAGCUAUAGACGCCGCACAGUCCCUCGUACUCGUCGACCGAAGAGACCAAAUGUUCCCGGCCUCCGGAAACGGCGGUCAGGGCGUACUCGAGUGCGCCGGCUGGCUUGUCGGAGAGUACGCAAGUUACCUCACUCGACCGGAACCCGUCAUGACAUCGCUCCUACACCCUGCAUCCCUCCAACUUCCAUCACGGACCCUCGCCGUAUACCUACAAGCCGUCCCCAAGGUCUUCUCUAGCAUGGCGGGGAAUGACCAAAUGUCGUGGACUCCAGAACGGAAAACUCUUAUGUCUCUUCUCAUGGCUCGAAUCAUCCACUUCUUAGAGCCACUUUCCACCCACCCUAGUCUUGAAGUACAAGAACGUGCAGUGGAGUACCUAGAGCUUAUGAGGCUCGCUGCUGAAGCUGCCUCUGGUACUGCAACUGGCGUAGGCCAUGAGGAGUUUACUGACCCUCCACUGCUACUAACCCAAGCCAUACCUGCCCUGUUCUCUGGUGCUGAGUUGAACCCAGUUGCACCUGGCGCACAACGGAAGGUUCCUGUACCUGAAGAUCUAGACCUCGAUACACCGAUCAACGCGAACUUGCAGCAUCUGCUUUCGCAGGCCGAUAACGAAGGGUAUGAAACAGAAGAAGACGACGUGUAUGCGGCAUACGCAGAGCCUAUACCUGCUUACACGGAAGGGCCAGUGGUUGCCACUCCAGCAGCAGAUCGUCUCGACGUGCCGCAUAAGGAGCCCACCUCAUAUCAAAAUGCCGUGGAGGAGGAAUAUCUUGAUCCUGACAUCAUUGCGCGGAGGAAGGCAGAGCGCAGGGAACGCCACAGGGACGAUCCAUUCUACAUUGACCCCGAUGCGGACAGAAGCAGUGGAGCGGUCACACCGCUUAGUAGAAUUGUCCGCGACGGCAACCAGGAAAAUAACGACCUGGACAUCGAUUCGAUCCCUAUCAUGGAUCUCAAUCUAGAAAGCAAGGUGUCGUCAUCCGAGAACCUCCCUCGAUCACGAAGCCCCCGCAAGCCGAUACGGAGAGUGGAGAUCAUGGGCGAUGAAACAUUGGGCCCUUCUGCGCCAGAUUCUUCAAGAGAAGACAUCAUUCAACCGCGCCCGGGUAAAGCAAAGAAAUCGCUGCUUGAAGUAGACAGCUCGGGCCUCGGUUCACUUAGCUUGGACGACGAGGGCGUAUCUGGCCGCAAGCUUACGCAGCUCGAGAUCGAGAGGAAAGAACAGGAAGAAGCCGAGAUGAAGAAAGCACUGCAAGAUAUAGAAAGAUUAAGACUUGAGAUGCAACGCGCGAGCGAAAGAGUACACGUCAAGGAGGAAGUCGCAGUCAAGAAGAAGAAGAAGAGGAAGGUUCGGAAGGUUAUUGUGGAGGGAGAUGAGCCUGCAGAGACUCCACCGGCAGAAGUCGAGGGACAGCCCGAGGCAGAGGACAAUGCGCCAACGAAGAAGAAGAAAAAGAAGAAGGCUAGGCCUGAGGUGGAUGCGGAGAAGGGCGCAGACGCAGGUGCCGAAGGGGAGGUCAAGAAAAAGAAAAAGAAGAGACGGACAGUGGCAAUGGACGAAGGCGAAGGUGCACCCUCUGAAUAGUCUCUGGCUUUGUAGGCCGUCAGACCAAGUCGACCUCUGGACAGUUAAAUAAGUUCGGGGAUCGCAAUUUUGACAAAUGAGAUUCGAAUUGCAAUGGCAAAUA